AACAAAGUAAGCUCGGGAGGGAGGGCAUGGCCAUCGAGUUUGGCACGGGGGCGAUGCGCUCCCUCAUCCCCAAGCUGGGCGAGCUGCUCCUCAAGGAGUACAACCUGAAAGACACUGUGAAGAAGGGAAUUAAGGACCUCAAAGCCGAGCUCGAGACGAUGCAUGCUGCUCUUGAGAAGGUCUCCAAUAUGCCGCUGGACCAGCUUGACUCACAAGUCAUGAUCUGGGCAAACGAAGUAAGGGAGUUGUCCUUCGCCAUCGAGGACAGCCUCGACUCAUCCAUGGUGCGAAUCGACAGUCUUGAGCCGACCAAGCCACGAACCUUCAAGGGCUUCAUCAAGAAGACCCGCAACAAGGUUAGCAAGUUCAAGAUUCGCCAUAAACUAGCCGAGGACAUCAAAGAGGUCAAGAUUCAAGUUAGGGAGGUGAAGGAACGGCAUGAAAGGUACAAGAUCAGUGAUGUUGUGGCUAAUCCCACCACAACAACGGUUGACCCUCGUCUGUUGGCCAUGUACACAAAGAUGCCUGACCUUGUUGGCAUUGAAAAGGCGAUUGAUGAGCUAACAAACAAGUUGUCUGAGGGUGAUGAUCCGUCCGGGAGAACACUCAAGACAGUCUCCAUUGUUGGGUUCGGAGGACUGGGCAAAACAACUCUUGCUAAAGCAGUGCAUGACAAGAUGAGGAAGUCAUUUGAUUGUGGUGCUUUUGUUUCGGUGGGUCGAAAUCCUGACAUAAAGAAAAUUCUCAAGGACAUCCUUCUUGCACUUGACAGGCAAAUGUAUAUGGAUGCAUCAACAAUGGAUGAAAUGCAACUCAUCAACCAGCUACGGGAAUUCCUCGCAGACAAGAGGUACUUGAUUAUUAUUGAUGACAUAUGGGACAUACCAACAUGGGAACUGAUUAAUUGUGCAAUGGUGGAUAGUUGCUCUGGAAAUAGAAUAAUCAUAACUACUCGUAUUUCUUGAGUUGCUGAAAAAGUUGGUGGUGCUUACAGCAUGAAACCACUUUCUGGUGAGAACUCUAAAAGAUUAUUCUUUUCUAGAACAUUUGGUGACGAUCAAAGCGUCCUUCUUGAUAAACAAUAUGAUGAAAUGUCCAAGAAAAUUUUAUGGAGAUGUGGUGGUGUGCCAUUAUCUAUCACUACAAUAGCUAGCCUGCUUGCUGGGAAACGAAGGGAGGCCUGGUCCGAGGUAUAUGAAUCUAUUGGUUUUGGGCAUGAAAAGAAUGAAGCUGUUGAGAACACGAGAAAAAUUAUGUCCUUUAGCUAUUAUGAUCUGCCCUCUUGUCUAAAGACAUGUUUGUUGCACUUGAGAAUUUUUCCUGAAGAUACCACCUUCGGGAAAAAAACAUUAAUAUGGAUGUGGAUUGCAGAGGGUUUUAUCAUUGAUAAACCAGGGACACAAUUAUUUGAGUUGGGGGAGAGCUACUUGAAUGAGCUUGUAAACAGAAACAUGAUCCAACAGGUAGAGCCACGUCAUAUGGGAAGCCUAUCUGGUUGCAGUGUUCAUGAUAUGGUGUAUGAUUUAAUAUGCUCCUUGUCAAGUCAAGUGAACUUCAUCACAAUAUAUGAUAAGCACCAACAGGCAGUCACAUUUUCGCGUGUCCGUAGAUUAGCCAUUCACAGAGGAAGUAUGGAGCAGAUUAACCCUGGCAUGGAGAUGGGACAUGUGAAGUCAUUCAAUGCUGUGGAGUGGCGAAACAUCAGGAUGCCCUCCCUUCUGAGCUUCAGAGCAUUACGUGUACUGGUGUUUUUCAAAUGUGGUUUUUCUACGGGAAGUUGUG